AUGGCCGAUCUCGAACUGUUUUACUUUGACCAACCCGAUCCGAGAGACGCCUCCCCGGUUUUAACUAAGCAAAGUGUCACGGAGAUCUGCGGCGGCGGCGGCGGCGGAAAGUCGCCUCAUCCCGGCGGAGGAGAGGGUUCAGCACCGUGGACAGCGAGCCAGAGGGCGCCGCGGCCGGAGGAGGAAACGGAGACAUGUUUCACCUGCAAACGCCAAGAUGAUGAAGACGGUGAUGAUGUCCGGCUGAUAGGGACAAGUCCCCAAAGCUGCAGACUGAGUCAAAGCUCCUCGAGUGAACUGUACGAGGAGGAGGAGGCGAUGCAGGAAGAGGAGGACGCCGUCCCGGAACUUUACUUGCUGUCCGACGACGACCUCUCCUCCGACGGCUCGGGCAAGUCGGUGGACUACGGCUUCAUCAUCGCCGUGGCGUGCCUGGUGACGGGCAUCUCUUUGGUCGCCAUAUCCUACACGGUCCCCAGGGACGUGCGAGUGGACCCGGACAGCAUCUCCGCCCGGGAGAUGGAGCGUCUGGAGAGGGAGAGAGCCGGGGUCGGGGCCCACCUGGACCGGUGUGUCAUAGCGGGACUGUGCCUGCUCACCCUCGGGGGCGUGCUGCUGUCCACCCUGCUCAUGAUCUCCAUGUGGAAGGGGGAGAUGAUGAGGAGGAAGGCGUUUGCCUAUUCCAAACACGCGGCCAAGUUGUACGGCUCGAUCAGUCUGAGGGCAGGCUCCAGCCCGACUCGGGGAUCCUGCUCGCAUUUGUCAGCGGCUGAUGAGGAUUUAGAAGUGCUCAGCUGA